AUGUUGACUUCCCUUUGCCGUCUGUUUAUUAUCACCCAGUUUUUCUCCACUAUCGAAUCCGUGCUUGAUAAUGCACCUAUAAAUGCCGAUCCAUGGGACGUAGACGGACCAUGUCAGGAGUAUGUUGAGAAGUUUGCCGUUGUUCAAGCAAAUAUGGUGCAAUGCGCAACUAACUGGUCGAUUCCGCCAAAGGUUUGCACCAACUGCUGGGAACAUUAUAUAGCUUUUAAGCAAGUCGAAUAUGAAACAAAGCAUUUGAACAAUAUUUCUUCGCUGGACAAUCGAACGUGUACUCAGGUUAUAUAUGACAAUUACCUUCUGUCUUAUGGUCACGACAUAUCGGAAGCAUUGACGUCGAGUAUUUGGGCCAAAUCCAGAUGUGAUUCGUGUUUGACUAUAAGCUGGAAUUUCACGGCUAAUGACUCUAGAGUGGACUUCGCCAACCAGACUGUGCUUUUCCAGGAAAAGCUGUUCGGAUGGCGAGAUUGCGUUGUAAAUUAUACUGACUACAAUGAUGAUCUAUUCCAAAAUGGUACCAUAUGCGGCUAUUGUAAGAAACAGUUCAACUCUCUGUUCUCCUACUACUGGGCCAUCUACGUUGAACCCGGAGUCGAAUUCUGUGUAGAUGUUGAAACCACGAUGAAUGACACGAUACAUUUGUGGAACGACGUCUGGCAAUGUGCUGAGAAGAAGGAUCGUAAUAGGGACACGGCCAUGGUUUUCGUGACAAUGGGCGUACUUCUUGUCAUCACAAGCUUGUUUUAUGCAAGUAGCUACAUUCAAGGUGGUGGCCAACCGAGAAUCCUGAUCAGAUGUAAGUUUGAUUAA